AUGGUGGCCCAUGAAUUGAAGAGCAAUACUUCCGUCACCAGCAGGGGCGCGGGGCCGGUGGAUCGUGAUAAUGCGCAUCUCCAGCGGAUGGGAAAGAAGCCAGUCCUUAAGCGAAACUUCGGCAUUCUAUCGAUCCUCGGCUUCAGCUGUACUAUUCUGGGUACUUGGGAAGGCCUGCUUGGUACCUUCACUGGCCCUCUCACAAAUGGCGGCUCCGGCGGUGCGAUCUAUGCCUACAUAUUCGGAUGGGUUGGCUGUUUUGCCAAUUUUAUGGUCUUGUCGGAAUUGGCCUCCAUGGCGCCCACCGCAGGAGGCCAAUACCACUGGGCUGCCAUGCUUGCCCCGGGCAGAUUUCAGAAGUUCCUGAGUUUCAUUACAGGAUGGUUUGCUGUUCUCGGCUGGCAGAGUGCCUUCGCCGCUUGUGCCUUUUUAACAGGAAAGAUGAUCCAGGGUGCCGCGAUCGUAGGAAACAACCUAUACAAUGCUCUUCCUUGGGAAGGAACAUUGAUUGUCUGGGGUUCGCUCAGUCUCGCAUUAGUCGUGAACUUGCUCGGCGGCAACUUGCUGCCUCGCAUUGAGGCGAUCAUUUUGGUUGUGCAUAUUCUUGGGUUUUUCGGCAUUAUAAUCCCCCUCGUCUAUAUGGCGGACCAUAACACAAAGGAGCAGGUUUUUCUGUCUUUCCAAAAUGGAGGAGGUUUUGCCACGCAAGGACUAUCCUGGUUCGUUGGUAUGACCAGUUGUGCGUUUGCCUUCGCUGGAGGUGAUGCCGCCGUGCAUAUGUCUGAAGAGGUCGCAAAUGCCUCGACCGUCAUUCCCAACGCCCUUAUGAUUAGUGUCGGAAUCAAUGGCUGCCUCGGCUUUGGUAUGAUCAUUGUUAUGAUGUUCUGCGCCGACUCCGACCUCGGUGGUAAGCUGGGGAAAAUCACUGGAUACAACUUUAUGGGUAUCUUCAUGGAAGCAACAGACUCAGUGCCGGGUUCAUUGACCAUGUGCGCUAUCGUUAUCACUAUUUAUGUCUGUUCCCUCAUGGGUCUACUGGCUGCGGCGUCUCGGCAGCUUUGGUCUUUCUCUCGAGAUAGGGGUGUUCCCGGGUGGCGAUGGUGGAAUCAGGUUUCUUCCACGAAGCAGUUGCCUAUUUUCGCCAUCCUCCUUACAGUGACCGUCGCUGUGUUGCUUUCCCUGAUUAACCUUGGUUCCGAUACUGCUAUGGAGGACAUUGUGUCCAUGGCAGUGUCGGGUAUCUACCUCUCUUACCUCAUGGUUUCUGUUUUGCUCUUUUACCGCCGCAUCCGUGGCGACAUCUCCCGAUAUAAUGACAACGAGGAUGAUAUUGUCAACGUGCCCGGUGCAAAGCUUGUCUGGGGACCGUUCCAUUGCCCCGGCAUCAUUGGUACCGUGAUCAAUGGGUAUGCGAUCAUCUACAUCAGCAUCGUCGUCUUUUUUAGCUUCUGGCCAAGUAAAAUGGACCCAACAGUGGAGACGAUGAACUGGAGCAUUCUGGCAAUCGGAGGCAGCGUCUUCCUUGCCAUUAUAUACUACGUUGUGCGCGCCCGACACGUCUACAAGGGUCCUAUUGUGGAAGUCUCCUUGUAG